AUGGAGAAGGGCUACAAAGAUCUUACCUCGUUGUACCUGUGUGGCUCCAAGUCAGGCGUGGCCUACUGCGGCAUUGAGAACUGCGGCUUGCCAUCAGUUCGCUUGCAGGUUUUGGGAUCCAAGAUGAUCGUUGCCGCCGCCAUCAGCGAAUUGAUGGAGUACUUCGGGGUGAAUGGCCUUGCUGAGGCCAGGGAUUUGUUCCAGUCAAUGGCUGCUUCGGACAUCCCUGACCCCAGCUCCGGAAAACUUCAUACCUUGUCCGCUGGCUUCUUGCGCACUGGCGAUCUGUUCUAUCUGCCGAUGGGUUACAUGCUUUGCGAAAAGAACAUGGUGGACAACAACGUGAGCGUUAGGUACACCCCCAUCUUCUUCACGGAGCUUACCGAGUACAGUCUGGCCAUUGUGAUGGACCAGGCCAAGCCCAACAGCGGCAGUGAGUUGGUGGCCUGGGUGCUGGGCCUCCAAGAGUUGGAAAUUCCAAACUUCGAGCAGCUAAAGCGGGCAGACGAUUUGAAGCCGAAGCUGCCUGGCUUUGGCUUUGUGAAGGAAGAGCAGGAGGAGGGUUUGGAUGACGACAACCAAAUCGAGCCCUUGGCCUUGGAAAACGUGAACCUGGAGGCACAGCCCUCUGAGAAUGACAACAAGCCUCAUGAACCUGAACAAGUUCAGAGCACAAUCGAGGCUCCGGAGAUGGAGUGCACAGCGGCUACGGAUGAAAAGGAGGUUGAGAAGGAUGAGAAGAAUGAGAAGAAGGCAACCGAGACAACUGAGACAACUGAGACGAUGGAAAUGGAGGUGACGCAGCCAGAUGAGAAGAAGGAUGAGACUUUGCCUGAUGAGAAGAAACCUGAGACUUUCCCGUUCCCUGAGACCGUGCCGUUGGAGCCUGAGCAGCAGGUGGAGGCCAUGGAUGUGACGGAGAAGAAGGAUGAGAUGCAGCUGGAGGAAAAAAAAAGCCCAGCGAAGAAGGAUGAGAUGCAGCUGGAGGAAAAAGAAAACCCAGCGAAGAAGGAUGAGAUGCAGCUGGAGGAAAACGAAAACCCAGCGAAGAAGGAUGAGAUGCAGCUGGACGAAAAAGAAAACCCAGCCAAGAAGGAUGAGAUGGAGCUGGACGAAAAAGAAAACCCAGCCAAGAAGGAUGAGAUGCAGCUGGAGGAAAAAGAAAACCCAGCGAAGAAGGAUGAGAUGCAGGUGGAUGAAAAAGAAAACUCAGCUGGACGAAAAAGAAAAGCGCCAACGGAGAACAAGCCGAAAAAGGAGAAACCUGAGAAGACCCAGACCGAGAAGGAGAAAAAGGAUAAAAAGCAAAAGAAAAAAGAUGCGGACACGAAGAAGCAGCGAAGCAUGGCCGACUUCCUUUAGGGAUUUAGCUUUGCUUGCCAUAAAAUGGCACAAUCUUUCAACUUUGGCAAGAUCUUUAAAACAAGAUCCAUGCCCAAGCCUAAACACGCUAGGGGUGGCGUGACAUGGGAAAAAAA